AUGCAAGCAGAUGACAAGUUGAUGUUAGAGAAGAUGUAUGAGCCGGUAACAAAACCCCUCAAUUCUAUGUCUCAAUCCUUAGAGAAACAAAAACUACAAAAUGUUUUACAGUCUGAUAGACCCACUUCGAAAAAAAAGACGGAAUUAGAUAUCUCAAGUAACUUUUUUACACCUAUCCAUCGAAAGUGGAAGGGUAUUCUUGAUGGUAGCGAUUCAGAUGAAGAGAAUUCUGUUGCUUCAUACGAAGAAAAUUCACCAGAGAUAUACAUUGAGGGACUAUAUAAUAAACCAUCCGAAUACGACACAGUCUAUGGAGUUAGGACAGAGAAAAAACACAAAAACAAAUAUUUCAUUGGAGAUGCUGAAGCAAAAUUUAAUUCUGGUAAUAUUGAUUUAUGGCGAAAUAAUGAAAAAAUCGGAUCUUUCAAAGGAAGUAAUGAAUUGUAUGAUUUACUUUUUUUAAAAAAACCAAAAGUUCUAGAUAAUUUGACUAAGUUAUCGGAUAACACUUUGGAAACAUAUAGAGAAAUAUUGAAGCGUACUCAUGCUAUGAACCAUAACUAUAAUAAAGAUAAAAAAAUAAGAACAUCAAGGUGGCCCAAAUUUAGUGAAUUGUUAGAUCCAUUAUUUAAACCAACUCAAGAGACAGCUGAAAUUGGAAAAAGCGAAGUUCCAACUACUGAAGAUCAUGUUUUUGAAGUUGAAAGUGUUGAUAACAGUGAAUUUGCUAUUUGUGAAUAUGGAGCAACAAAAGAUCUGAUUAUCGAUCAACCUUUCAUAAGAAACAGCACAAUCGAAGAACUCAAACUAAAGCUAGAACAAAAAGAACUUUUAGAAUAUAUGCAUUCUCAGUAUUACGGAGUCUUGGUAAUGAUAACGGCAGCAGAUUUAAUGUUGAAUUGUCCUUACUACAUUCCCACUAUCUAUAAGAGAAUAUGA